AUGGGGGAGUAUAUAGCUAUUGGCUCCCUCUGCUUGGCAGGUUGGGAUACCAUCCCUCAGGAUGUGUUGGAUGCUGAUCUCCUAGGGGACAAAGGUGGUGAUGAGGAGUUUGAGGAGGAGGAGGUGGUGGAUGAGGCGUUUGAGGAUGAUGAUAUUAGACAUGUCCUGUUUGCAUGCGACGCGCAGGGGCGGGACGCGUUGAAGUAUGAGGGGCCGAGUUUCGACACGUGUGGGGGGCACCCGUCUCCCUUCGGCCAGUACCACUACCACGUCGCGCCUGGCGUGGCCAACCCCUCUGCCAUCUCCACCUCUCGCACCACCGACUUCCAGCUCUGCUC